CGGGGAUAAUGGCGGCCCCCUCAGUUUUUUCUGUGCGCGGCAGCGGCGGGUUGGCGGUGCGGAUGUCCGCCAUCCGCGCGGGUGCGUCCUGAAAUUCCCCCAGCGCUGCUUUCGCAAGUUCAUCAGCCGCCUCGCUGUGUGUGUGAGGGGCGCCGGCGCGCCCAAAAAAAAUAAAGUUAAAGCGCAGGCGCACGCGCCACGACGGAGCGGGCCGGCAAUGACGCUCCAAAUGCGGCGGAGCACCCCGUCCGUGGCUCGGGUCGGGCCCGUUUCAAGCGCGCUCAGGAGAAGGGACGGUGAGGCAGUAAAUACGCCCGCCACUCGCCUGGCGGACGUUUUCAGUGCGCACAGCAGGAGCUCAGCGGAGCUCUGUUCCGUGGCCUGGCACUUCGCACGGCAGCCGCGCGCCAGCGAGCCGCCGCCACACUUCAUACUGCACGGACGCGUGCCUGGCGCUAAAACAAGCGAGCGGCGCAGCCAGACCGCACUCCGAGCUCUACGGAGCCGCCCGCCCAUUGAGUGUAGAGGAGGGCAUGCGCCGUCGACUCCACCCGCAGCGUGCAUCCCUUGCGUCUCUCCUCCGGAUCGGCAUCGGCGCCCAAUCCACCCGGUGGCGACGUGCCAAGGUAGACGCGCGUUGGCGGCAUCGAGGGGCUCCGCGGCAAUGGAGCCUGCCAAAAUCACCUAUGCUCGUGCAACUUACCCGCCAUCAGGCGGGGGGCUGAGUGUAUCGGGUCGGAAGGCGAAAAAGAGCCUCGGCGUGUUGCCCUAA